UCCAGGCUGGAGGAAUGCGGUCGUCCCUGGCCAGAUCACGGUCAAAGUUUACUGUCUCCGCUCGAGUGCUGACUGUAAACAGGCGAGUUCUCCCGGGCGGCGGCAGGGGAAAGCGUGCGGAGAACAGAGUGGCUGCGGGGAGAAGCGGUCCCGGAGCACAGGGCUCUCUCCCGGGGGAAGGGGCAACAUGUCCACCAUGGUGGAGGUUAGGGCCAGCGAGUUGGCCGCAGUCCGGGAACACGUUUGCGCCGUCAGUCGGGACUACAUCUGCCAGCCUCGCCUCACCUACCGGACCAUCUCGGCUGUGAACGGACCACUGGUGGUUCUGGACAAUGUGAAGUUCCCCCGGUAUGCUGAAAUUGUGAACUUCACCCUGCCGGACAAGAGUUGUCGGAGUGGACAGGUGCUGGAGGUGGUUGGAUCCAAGGCUGUUGUCCAGGUGUUCGAAGGGACGUCAGGGAUUGACGCCAAGCUGACGGCCUGUGAGUUUACGGGGGACAUCCUGCGGGCUCCAGUCUCCGAGGACAUGCUGGGUCGAGUGUUCAACGGCUCAGGAAAACCCAUCGAUAAAGGACCUGCUGUCGUAGCUGAGGACUUCCUCGAUAUAAACGGACAACCCAUAAACCCGCAGGCUCGUAUUUACCCAGAGGAGAUGAUCCAAACAGGAAUUUCUCCCAUCGAUGUGAUGAACAGCAUUGCCCGAGGACAGAAGAUACCAAUAUUCUCAGCAGCCGGUCUCCCUCACAACGAGAUUGCUGCGCAGAUCUGCCGCCAGGCAGGGUUGGUGAAGAAGUCCAAAGCGGUGAUGGAUUAUAGUGAUGACAACUUUGCCAUUGUUUUCGCUGCAAUGGGGGUGAACAUGGAAACUGCUCGAUUCUUCAAGUCGGACUUUGAAGAGAAUGGUACCAUGGACAACGUGUGUCUGUUCCUGAACCUCGCCAAUGACCCAACCAUCGAGAGGAUCAUCACUCCUCGUCUGGCACUGACCGCAGCCGAGUUCCUGGCCUACCAAUGUGAGAAACACGUCCUGGUCAUCCUAACGGACAUGAGCUCCUACGCAGAGGCCCUGAGAGAGGUGUCGGCAGCACGGGAGGAGGUUCCCGGGCGCCGGGGCUUCCCGGGAUACAUGUACACUGACCUGGCGACCAUCUACGAGCGGGCGGGCCGCGUUGAGGGGCGUUCCGGCUCCAUCACACAGAUCCCCAUCCUCACCAUGCCCAACGAUGGGGGGGGGUGUCUCCCAUCUGUUUCAGACAUCACCCAUCCCAUCCCUGACCUGACUGGCUUCAUCACCGAGGGACAGAUCUACGUGGACAGGCAGUUACACAACAGACAGAUCUACCCACCCAUCAAUGUGCUGCCCUCGCUAUCUCGUCUGAUGAAGUCGGCCAUUGGGGAGGGCAUGACCCGCAAGGAUCACGCCGAGGUCUCCAACCAGCUGUAUGCCUGCUAUGCCAUUGGGAAGGACGUCCAGGCGAUGAAGGCUGUGGUCGGUGAAGAGGCACUCACCUCCGACGACCUCCUGUACCUGGAGUUCCUGCAGAAAUUUGAGAAGAACUUCAUCUCCCAGGGUCCCUACGAGAACCGUUCCAUCUUCGACUCCCUGGACAUCGGAUGGCAGCUGCUCCGGAUCUUUCCCAAGGAGAUGCUGAAGCGGAUCCCGGCCAACAUCGUGUCCGAGUUUUACCCCCGCGAGUCCCGCGAGAGCAAGGAGGAAACUGGGGUUGGGACCGGAACACACCUGUGAGCGUCCAAUACAGAUUACCUGACCCUGCGUGCUGCCCCACCCCCCACCACUACUGCCUUUACCAUCUGCACCCUCCCUGAGCAUGGCAACUACCCCACAGCCCCGCUCCCUCUGUUCCUUAUCCAGUCCCGGAAUACAGUCCACAAGUCUUGGGUGCAGAAUUAGGCCAUUCAGCCCAUCAAGACUGCUAUGCCAUUCCAUCAUGGCUGAUUUAUUAUUGCUCUCGACACCAUUCUUCUGUUUUCCUCAUGACUUUUGAUACCCUGACUAUCAACCUCCACUUUAAAUACCCAAUAUCUUGGCCCCCACAGUCAUCUGUGGCAAUGAAUUCCACAGAUUUACCACCCGCUGGUUAAAGAAAUUUCUCCUUAUCUCCGUUCUAAAUGGACGCCCCUCUAUUCUGAGGCUGUGCCCUCUGGUCCUAGACUCCCCCACCACAGGAAACAUCCUCUAUCCUGGUCUUUCAGUAUUGGGUAGGUCCAUCCUCAUCCGCCUGAACUCUAUCAAGUACUGUCUCAGAGAUACUAAACACUCCUUGGACCCUCUUCCACCUGAGAACUGUCCCUAAUCCAAUUUCUCCAAGUUAGAAAUGUUUGUCUUUCUGCAGCCACCCACGCUGUCUUGUUCUAUAGAUAUCUGAUGGGAUUACCUCAGUAAUGAUAGAACACAGAACAGCACAACAACAGCCCCAUCAUCCCUGCCAAUGCUGAUACCAAUUUAAACUGUACAGUUGCCUGUACAUGGCCCGUCUACCGCCUGUUCAUGUGUCUGUCAGUAGAUGCCUCUUAACUGUUGCUACGGUCACAUCCUGAGACAAUAUCUAAUUAACCUGAUGGAAUAUGUACUGUCCUCCUGCCCCAACUACCUCCAUGGAGCACUUUCACCCAAAGGAGUGCAUCAGCUCACCCCCACCUUAGAACAGAGAGCAUUACAGCACAGUAAAGCCCCUUCAGCCCACAAUGUUGUGCUGAUCUUUCAACCUAUUCUAGAAUCAAUCUAACCCUUCGCUCUCACAUCGCCCUCCAUUUUCCAUGUGCCAAAUAACCUCUUAAAUGCCCCUAAUGUAUCCACCUCCACCACCACCCCUGGCAGGUUGUUCCAUGCACUCACCUACCUCUGAUAUCCUCCCCUCUACUUUCCUCCAAUCAUCUUGUCCUAUUAGCCAUCUCAAAUUGCGGUUAAGGAUGGGCAGGAAAUGCUGGUCUUGACCAAGACACCCAAUUCCUGAGAAUAAAGUUUCUAAAAUGUCGACUCGCGGGGCUUGCAAACUCUCUGAAGAUCUCCAUUUCAGAGACCUUUCACCACAGAGGUUUGGGACUGGAGUCCACCUUGAUCCCAGAUGCCAAUGGACCAGGUCUGGGUUUGUCUGAGAUGCAGUGUUGGAACAGCAAUGCUGUCAGGAACCCAGUGUCGACCCUCCCUGGAACAAUGAUGUGGCCCAACCCUGCUUAUUAACCCAACCCAUCCAUUCCUUCUCAGUGUUAACGUGCGUUAAUCAGCCUGAUUUUAACAUCUAAAGAGAUUUGAGUUGAUUCUGUGCAAUGAAACAUUAGCUUUAGAAUUCUAGAUGUGUUGAUUUUGGAUGUUUAUCUCUGGAUCAUCGUUCUGUGUAACAACUAAUAAAGGCUUAAGCUGCGUUA